CCUACAACUUCUGCAAUCAUAGUAACUAUUGUUAUUGAAUUUCGAUUAAUAUUAUAAAUUUGAUGAUUUUCCCCGCUUCAAUCUAACAAAAUCACCCACGUGGCUCUAUCUAAUUCUCCCAACAAAUAUCCACCUUAAAUUCAAUCUAUAUUAAGGAUAAUCUUUAAAUUUUGUUUUACUUCAGUUAAUUGUAAAUGGGUUGAGCAUAAUUUAGUGGAUAAAUCAUGUAUUAUUUAAAGGUUUGUAUUUUGGUUGGGGCUGAAAAGUUGGGGUUAAAUGGAAGUAGAAGACCCAAAUGAGUGGGUGGCGACUGUUGGAAGGCCGAAAUUGGUAGAGGCAGCAAAGCAAGGCCGUUUGGGAAAAGCGGAAGCCCAGAGCGGGGGAAUGGGUGGCUUGUCAAUUUAUCAAACAGUGGGUGGAGUGGUGAGUCACCAGCGCAGGGGCAGCGGCAGAGACCCAGAGAAGGCAAAGACAAAAAUCACUGAAAGAUCCACACACGCAUCCACAUGGGCUUCUCACUCCUCCAAAAUUCUCCCCCCACCCCUUCAACUCCAUCUACUCAAACUCAUCACAGACGCCUUAAAUUUUGCUAAAUGGGUUCGUACAAAACAGACACUCCCAUAUGGCCAUUUCAGAGCAGCCUUUUUCACCUUUACCAUUACCAUUGCCAUUACUGCCUCCCAUGAGUGUCAAACCUGUAAUUUCCCUCCCUUUCCUCCUCUUCCCCUUUCCAUCUCCCCCCUCUGUUUUCCCUAUUGCCUACAACCAAUCUUCCUCUUUUGAACCCCAUCAUCAUUAUUAUUACUCUUUUAACCUCCCAUCCUCCAACCCCAUUUCAAAUGAAGCUCCAUUUUAUCAUGGGGUGUAGGAGCCUGUUCUUUCUUUUGCCUCACUCGUAAUCUGUCCGUGUCAGGGCGUCUUAUUUACC